AUGUCAUUCCUUGGUGGCGCUGAAUGUUCCACCGCGGGAAACCCACUGACACAGUUCACGAAGCAUGUCCAAGAUGACAAGUCGCUUCAGCGAGACCGGCUUGUUGGGCGCGGUCCCGGAAUGCAAGAGGGUAUGCGCUCGCAGGGGAUGAUGGGGGGUCACGACCAGAUGAUGGACGAGUUCGCCCAACAGUCUGCCCAGCUCCCGGGCGGCCCACAGCAACAUAUGAGGAUGGAGAUGGAACAAGUGAGGCAACAACUAGAGCAGAUGCACACAACGCCACGAACGGGCUCCCCGGGGUGGGCUGCGGAGUUCGACCCAGGAGAGCAAGCUCGUAUGGAGGCUGCCUUUGCCGGGCCUAAGGGUCCCAUGUUGAACAACGGAUCGGGAUUUACGCCGGCCGAGUUUGCCCGUUUCCAACAGCAAAGUACAAUGAGCGUCCCGCAAUCCGCUAGUCCAGUUACCGCCGGGCAGACUCCGAUGAUGGGUGGUUACCAGCGGCCAAUGGGUAUGGGGUACAUGGGUUACGGCGGGAUGGGAAUGAUGCAGCCUGGCUUUGGCCCUAUGGGUAUGCAACAACAGCAGCCAGCUGAGGCUGCAACGCAAGAUAAAGGGAAGGGGCGGAUGAUUGAGCUCGACGACGAGAAUUGGGAGGCUCAGUUUAAGGAGAUUGAGACGGCGGAUCAGGGCAAGCUAGACGAUGAGGCCAAUGCAGCCAUAGAGGCGGAGUUGAAUGAUCUUGACAGGUCAGUCCCCAUCACCAGUUCCGAUGACCACAGUCAUUUUGAGAGCGUAUGGGAGAGAGUUCAAGCUGAGACGGCAACGAAUAGGAAAUUGGCGGAGGACGUCGAUUACAAUAUUGAUGAUAAUCUACACAUGGGUGAUAUGGCCGAGUGGGACGGUUUCGACAAUCUAAAUACUCGGUUCAGGGAGCCUCGGUUGGGCGAUUACUCGUUCGAGCAGGAGAAUGUCUUCCGCGACGUCACCAAUCCAUUUGAAGAGGGUAUGAAGAUCAUGCACGAGGGCGGUAAUCUGUCCCUGGCAGCCCUGGCAUUUGAGGCCGCGGUGCAGAAAGACCCUAAACAUGUGAAGGCUUGGACUAUGCUGGGGACCGCUCAGGCCCAGAAUGAGAAGGAACUCCCUGCCAUCCGGGCACUCGAGCAGGCUCUCAAGGCCGACCCAAACAAUCUCGAUGCCCUCAUGGGACUUGCUGUGUCAUACACAAACGAAGGGUAUGACUCGACAGCUUACCGCACACUCGAGCGCUGGCUCUCGGUCAAAUACCCUCAAAUCAUCAACCCCGAUAACCUAUCCUCAGACGCCGACCUGGGCUUCACUGACCGCCAAAUUCUUCAUGAACGUGUCACGGACCUCUUUAUCCAGGCGGCUCAAUUAUCGCCGUCGGGGGCGCAAAUGGAUCCCGAUGUUCAGGUUGGCCUGGGAGUGCUCUUCUACUGCGCAGAAGAAUACGAGAAGGCUGUGGACUGCUUUACAACAGCCCUGGCCAGCACCGAAUCCGGAACCACGAACCAGAGAGAGCAGCUUCACCUGCUUUGGAACCGCCUAGGAGCUACGCUCGCCAACUCUGGCCGAUCGGAGGAGGCUAUUGAGGCCUACGAACAAGCUUUGACUAUUAACCCUAAUUUUGUCCGAGCACGAUACAAUCUAGGUGUAUCGUGCAUCAACAUCGGUUGCUACCCAGAAGCAGCGCAACACCUGCUGGGAGCUUUAUCGAUGCAUCGCGUGGUCGAGGAAGAAGGAAAAGAGCGCGCCCGGGAGAUCGUGGGCGGCAAGGACGGAUCCAUUAACGAAGCGGAACUCAACCGCAUGAUUGUUGCGAACCAAAGCACUAACCUCUACGACACCCUGCGACGAGUCUUCAGCCAAAUGGGCCGACGGGAUCUGGCCGAUUCGGUCGAAGCGGGCAUGGAUGUCAAUAUAUUCCGCAAGGAGUUUGAGUUCUAA